ACAGGACUGGCAUUCUCGGGCACUUGUUCCUGCACUGUUGCGCGGUCCAAGUACCUUUUUGCUCUCUUGGGGGCUGUGUUUUCUGGCUUCUGACAACGAGUUCCUGCCAAGUCACUGGCGAAGAUCGCUCUACACGAGAACCCCGGAUGAAGGUUUGUUCUCAGUGGCUCUUGAUGAAGAUUGCUUAGUAAGGAUGGGUUCCUGUCACCAAGUGGUUUGCCUCCUUCUUGCUACAGCUCUUUGUAGAGCCAAUGUCAUAGUGAGUCCAAAAGAAUCAAGGUGCUUUGAGGGAUUUUUCCAGAUUGGGGAGAGUUGCUUCCAAGACGUAGUGCACCGCCGCUUGAGCUGGAAUGCAGCCCGGCGGGAAUGUCAAGCAAUCGGGGGAGACCUGGCAUCACCGCUCAAUGUGUUGGUCUUGCAGGACGAGCUUCAGAGGCGCCAUGGACCCGAAAUGACGUUCUGGGUGGGCGCGAGCGACGUUGCUGAAGAGGGAGUGUGGCGGUGGGUGACCGGUAGGCCUGUUGAUAGUGAUAUUUGGGCAUUCGACCAGCCUAACAACUGUUGUGGUGGGGAGGAUUGUGCUCUCAUAGGUACCAGCUGGCAUCCACCCCUCAACGACAACCGCUGCACCAACCCAAGGAAUUUUGUCUGUGAGGUGCGGGCUAUCCCUCCGGAAUUCAACUGAUAGAUUUUUUUCACCAAUGGGUUCCUUUGCGAGGAAAAAGUCACGUGUUGCAGAACAAGCUUUUGUUUGAACAUUGUUUUGCUCUGUGUAACAUUUUUUGUCAAGCCAAUAAAAUGUUGUCCCAAGAAACCAUGGUUUGCAAAAUGUCUUAUAUUCACCAUUGUUGGUUGUGAGAAAUUUUUAUCCACAGGGUUUCUUACAUGAGAAAUUAUCUUUGAACACAUAGGGGUGCUUUGGCGUUGCAACCUAGCAGCAAUCUUUUCUUACGUUCAUAUACUACAUAAUCACUCAUAUACAUAAUCACUUAAUAUUAAAUAAGGUAAAAUAUAACUUUUUGGAUGCGAGAAUAUAAGUGCUGAAGUAUCCAUACAUAUAAUGGUACAUCAUUUCUGGAAAUAUUUAAUUAUAGCAAUGUUAUUAUACUUGUUUAGCUUGGAUGGGUCACAUGCCGACUCCAACACGAGCCACAGUCAUGUGUUUUAAUUUUUCCUUGUCAGUAACUGAUAAUAAAACUUUCACCUCUGAA